AUGGAUGGUGCUCCUUAUCUAAAGAAAGUUGACCUGAGGAGCUACACUAACUACAUGGAGUUUUCUUCAGCCUUGGAGAAAAUGUUCACCACUUUUACUCUUGGUCAAUGUGGAUCUAACAGAGCUACAUGGAAGGAUAAGCUCUGUGAGACCAAACUCAAGGAUAUUCUGUAUGGAAAAGACUAUGUACUCACUUAUGAAGACAAGGAUGGAGAUUGGAUGCGUGCUGGAGAUGUUCCAUUGGAGAUGUUUAUUGAUGUCUGCAAGAAGCUGAAGAUAAUGAAAGGCUGUAAUGCCAUUGGAUUAGCUGCAGCUCCGAGAGCAAUGGAGAAAUCGAAGAUGAGAGCUUAA